AUGAAGCUGUUCUCAGAGGAGAUACAGGAUGAGAGGAUGAAGCUAAUUCCAGAGGAGAUACAGGCUGAGAGGAGGAAGAUGUUCCCAGAGGAGAUACAAGAGGAGAGGAUGAAGCUGUUCCAAGAGGAGAUACGGGAUGAGAGGAUGAAGCUGUUCUCAGAGGAGAUACAGGAUGAGAGGAGGAAGCUGUUCCCAAAGGAGAUACAGGAUGAGAGGAUGAAGCUGUUCCAAGAGGAGAUACAGGAUGAGAGGAGGAAGCUGUUCCAAGAGGAGAUACGGGAUGAGAGGAUGAAGCUGUUCUCAGAGGAGAUACAGGAUGAGAAGAUGAAGCUGUUCCCAGAGGAGAUACGGGAUGAGAGCUUGAAGCUGUUCUCAGAGGAGAUACAGGAUGAGAAGAUGAAGCUGUUCCCAGAGGAGAUACGGGGGAAGAGGAUGAAGCUGUUCCCAGAGGAGAUACAGGAGGAGAGGAUGAAGCUGUUCUCAGAGGAGAUACAGGAUGAGAGGAGGAAGCUGUUCCCAAAGGAGAUACAGGAUGAGAGGAUGAGGCUGUUCCAAGAGGAGAUACAGGAUGAGAGGAGGAAGCUGUUCCAAGAGGAGAUACGGGAUGAGAGGAUGAAGCUGUUCUCAGAGGAGAUACAGGAUGAGAAGAUGAAGCUGUUCCCAGAGGAGAUACGUGAUGAGAGCUUGAAGCUGUUCUCAGAGGAGAUACAGGAUGAGAAGAUGAAGCUGUUCCCAGAGGAGAUACGGGGGAAGAGGAUGAAGCUGUUCUCAGAGGAGAUACAGGAGGAGAGGAUGAACCUGUUCCAAGAGGAGAUCCAGAGGGGAGGAGGAAGCUGUUCUCAGAGGAGAUACAGGAUGAGAGGACGAACCUGUUCCAAGAGGAGAUCCAGAGGGGAGGAGGAAGCUGUUCUCAGAGGAGAUACAGGAGGAGAAGAUGAAGAGAUACAGGAUGAGAGGAGGAAGCUGUUCCCAGAGGAGAUCCAGGAGGGGAAGACAAAGCUCUUCUCAAAGGAGAUACAGGAUCAGAGGAGGAAGCUGUUCCCAGAGGUGAUACAGGAUGAGAGGAGGAAGCUGUUCCCAAAGGAGAUACAGGAUGAGAGGAUGAAGCUGUUCCAAGAGGAGAUACAGGAUGAGAGGAGGAAGCUGUUCCAAGAGGAGAUACGGGAUGAGAGGAUGAAGCUGUUCUCAGAGGAGAUACAGGAUGAGAAGAUGAAGCUGUUCCCAGAGGAGAUACGGGGGAAGAGGAUGAAGCUGUUCCCAGAGGAGAUACAGGAGGAGAGGAUGAACCCGCUCUCAGGCGGGAUACGGGAUGAGAGGAUGAAGCUGUUCUCAGAGGAGAUACAGGAUGAGAGGAUGAAGCUAAUUCCAGAGGAGAUACAGGAUGAGAGGAGGAAGAUGUUCUCAGAGGAGAUACAGGAUGAGAGGAUGAAGCUUAUUCCAGAGGAGAUACAGGAUGAGAGGAGGAAGAUAGGAGAUACAAGAGGAGAGGAUGAAGCUGUUCUGAGAGGAGAUACAGGAGGAGAGGAUGAAGCUAAUUCCAGAGGAGAUACAGGAUGA